AUGUCAUAUAAAUCCCCGUUCGAUGUGUUCUUUGGGCUAUUGUUCCAAAUAACCUUGAAUGAAUCCAACAACUGCGACGGUUGCCAACGGGUGGUCGCCGGCAAUUUAUUGGCAGUCGACUUCCAGUGCAACUUAUUGAUCAACAACACCAUGGAAUAUCUCAUGGCCACCAAGGAUGGUCAGACCACAAUAGUCAAAGAAAGGUACUUGGGGAUGCUAUCGGUACCGCAAAGCACCAUUGAGAAAAUCGAGGUGGAGACCAACAAGUAUGAACGAUUCAAGCAGUGGCAGUGA